GGCCCCGCCCCCAGUCCAGGCCGGGUCCCUUCACCUAGGAAACGCCGCCUCUCCCCGCCCUUGCCGGCGGGCUGUGUGAUGGUGCGGCGCGCCUAGUAGGCGGCAGUGCGUGUGGGACCGGGCUUGUGGAGCGGCCGAUCCAGGCUACGUUCUGCUCCCGGCCGCUGUCCGCUGACGAAGAUGUCCCGAAAGGAGCCGCUGCUGGGCGCCCUGAAGGCAUGCAUCCUGAGCAUCCAGGAAGACAAAGAUCCCAUCACUGAUUGUCAUCCUCAGCUCACCUCCUUGUGUGAUAUUCUGGAAAUUAUCCUGAGGAAAGGAAUCCGGCAGCCAGUCCUGGGGCUGAGGAGAAGAGACUACUGGCACUGGAUGGAGCAACUUCCACAACAGGAUCACUGUCAGAGAUUGACUCAGCUCUCGAUGGCCUUGGAGAAAACUAUUACCUGCAAAAAGACGUUGACAACACAAGGCCGGGGGCGCCAUUAUAUCCGCCAGGCACUGACCAGGAAGAUUAUGGGAGUAACAAUACACCAUCUUCUCCACACUCCAAAACUCCUAGAGUGGUACGACCCUGAGAGCUCUGUCCUGGCCAAUGAAUGUUUUGCAGAGCCUUUCCUCUCACUGCUAUUGGUCUUGUCACAAAUGAACUUCACCCUUGACCUAGAGAACAGCAGUUUUCUGGAUGAGAGCUGGCUCCUUCCAGUGUGUGAGAUGUAUGACACUGUCCCUUGUCGGGAGCUGGGAAUGGUACUCAGGUAUACUGAUGGUCGUAUUUUUGUAACGGAGGUUGUUCCAGGAAGCCAAGCUGAAGCAGACGGAUGUGUUCAGGCAGGAGACAUUAUCGAUGGAAUCAAUGGCAUUUCUUUGAGAAAUGCUAAAGUAGGAGAGGCUCAAACAGUUUUACAGAAACUUCGAGGAAAGCCAUUAAGUUUCCACAUGAUUCACUGGAAGUGGCAUGAUGGGUCUGUGUACAGACCCAUGCUCCCUCACCUCCAGCUGAUGCAGAAAGAGAUCCCCAACUUUCAGCUUCAGUAUGAUAACAAAUCAAACAAGGGGACGUCAGAAGAUAGUCUGCAAGAUGACAGGUUGCUGUAUUCGCUGCGAUUCUUGGGCCAGGUGAACAUUGGAAUGUAUGGUGGAAAAGAAGUUCUGGAUGAAGGAAUUGAGAAAGUCCUGCAGCAAAACUUAAUGCCACAGGACGUGUUAUUCGAUGUGAAGGAAACAGAAGUGAUCUGUAUAAAGAACUCAUCACAGGUCCUCUUUCAUCAUCAUUACCCCGAAAUCGCUUCGGUGGGACACCAGCUCGACAAGCAGACUCUCUUUGCCUACUGUGUGGCGAACUCUCCAGAAAUGCCUGAGACGACAUCUUUUAACUGCUUGGUGUUUGAGUCCGGCUCGGCUAAGGAGGCGACAGAAAUUAUCACCAGGAUAGCUGCUGGGUUCCGACACACUGAGUGGUUUGUGUGACAGAAUAAGGGGAUGGCCAACCAGUCAUGCGGCCUUGUGAUGCAGCUUCCUUACCUGAUCUGAUCACUACUAUGGUGAUUGAUCAGGUAUACAGUUGGAAAGUUGAAGACUCCUCAAAUUCACCACUGGACAUUGACAACCAGGGAUGUAUUUGCCUCCGAGGAUCCAUCCUCUUGUGUCAAGCUUAAAUGUGGUCAGAUAAAAGGGUGUGACUGAGGAGUAUCCCUUGCCAUUCCUAAACACAAUGGAGACAUUCCUGUGCAUCUGAUGGGAUUCCUCCCUUUAAAGGGGAGUUUCUCAUAUUCCCAUAGAGAAGGACAGUGGUGAUCUAUGGUUUGUUGGAAUUGUUUCUUGUCCAUUGGAGCACAGAUGCUGGAGUCACACAGUUGCUUUUCUGGGCAGGGACACUGCCCUCUUUCUCUACCUCAGAAUGGUGACCAGGAAACUGUUUUGCUCUUAUUUAGUUGCAGUUUUUGCAAGGAUAAUUUGGUGUAUUUUUUACUGUUACUGGAUUCUCUUAAUCUGUUCUCUUCAACUUACUGCUCCCAUACAAGGAAAGCAGUGUCCCAGUUAUACAAUGACAGAUCCAUACCUAUCAGUACUGACCACCUGAUGUCAUGCAUUGGCAUUGCUGUACCAGCCAGUAUUGCCUCCUAGUGUUAUACAGCUGAUAGUGUUCCCAGCAGUGUCUGGGUGCUGCUUCUCAGUUCCAUAGCAUACAACAAACAUUAGCACUUCUCUACCUUUUGUAGUCACAGAAAUGAUGUGCUAUCUUCAUGUGCAUGCAAAAACAUGGCACAGGGAAGCAUUGAGGUGAGCUUGGUCGAAGGCCUUGCAUGUGAAUGUAAUGGUGGGUUCCUUCACGCUUGGCAGUUUGAUCCUGAUAGGUACAAUGGUAUAGAGAGUGGUGAAAGUUAGUUAUGGACUUCUAGUUAGAUCUCAUUUAGGUUAACUCAUGAAGUAUAUAUUAGCCUUGGAGGGAAUUACACUGGAUUAAAUGGUAAAAUGAGCUAGGCUGAUUACCUUGGAUAGAGAGAAAAAUGAGAGGUGAUCUAAGUGAAAUGUACAUGAACAAGGAUUUGAUAGGGGCUAUAGAGAGAAAUUAUUCUUUGGUAGAGAAAUUGAGGGGCAAGCAUAUUGAGGAUUACAGAGCCAAAGUCCAAAAAUAGAAAUAAGAUGCAGAUCAGCUGUGAUCUACUUAAGUGGCUGGCAGUCUUGAAGGGCUGAUUGACCUCCCCAUAUUCCUAGGUUCAGUGUCCUUGAACCCAAGAGGUGACGAUCAGCCAGAAUUCCACAACUUACUCACUUCCCCUCCCUGGUAGGACUCGUCCAAGAGGUUCUGACCCAGUUUGAUACAUAGUGUUGUCAAACAGUUAGGGUUGUCCCCAGUUUCUAUUAAUGAAACAAAAAAAGAGGCCUUAAGCCAGCAACCAUUGCUGUGGAAACAUUCCCUAACACAAAUUUCCAUAUUUAGUAUGGUGCAGAAAAAGCCUUUUUGUUUAUUCAAACUGUAUGCAAAUAUUUUUGAGUUAUCAAAGGCACUGAGCAAAUUUCUGAUCCUGUGUGCUGUAGGGUGGUGGUGUGGUCGUUUUACCCCUAAUCUAUGCAAUAAAUAGGUUCACUGGCAUCUUUGGUUGAAUGAAGGUCUUUGCCUAAUGGGAAGUAUGAAGACCUUGGGUGUGCAGGUGGAAGUUAAAAAUCUGUAUGAACUGCAAAUCCAACUUGUGCAAUGAUUUUCAGCUUGAGUCUAAAUGGUGAAAAAUGUGAUUAAUAAAAGCUUUGUAUUUAU